AUGGCCGGACAAAGCUACAGAAGAUGCCAGCUAUUGACUCCUAGUAUUAUCUUUCAUCCUCGCUGGAGGAAUGGGCGUUGUCGAGCCGAUCCCACCGACCCACGGGCCGCAAUCGAGGCCUGGAAAGCGCCCCACAACUUACAGUUUCUGCUGCCUCUGGACAGCCAGACUGUGCCGCCGGACCCCGCGGUACUUGCUUUAGAACAGCCGCCUGGUGCGGCUUUGAGCUACGUGCUGCGCGAAGUUCUCCUGAACGUUGCCCUGCCCCUGCUCGCGCUGUGGCUGCUGCAACGUUGGCUUGGCCAGAUAGAAGAACGAACGGAAAAGGUAGGCACUUCUACAGCCGCGCAGUCCAACGAGAGCGGCGCUGUCAGCGGUCACGGAGGGGCCUCUUUGCCGCUAUCCCGCCAGCUGGCCGGGCUGCUGCCUGUGGCUGCCACCGCUCCUAGCCGCGCCGCCCUGGCGCUGCUGACCGCCACCCACGUGGCCCGCAGCGUCGCCAACAUCGUGCAGGGUCUUGCGGAGCGGGCACUGCUGGCGGCGGGUGGUCCGGGGCCCGACGACCUGUACCGCCUGCUGUCACAUAGCCGCGCCGGGCAGCUGCUGCAUUCGUUCAAGGCGGCGUUAGUAUGUGUGGACCAGGGGCUAAUGCUGUUCUACCAGGUGGCUCUGGUGGUGUUCGGGUGCUGGGCGCUGCUGAGGUGGAAGGAAGUGGCCGUUAGCCGCUUCCUGGUGCGCCGCCAGGAGACUGCACAGGGCCGGCAGGAGCUGGAGCGAAUCAUCACCCCGAUCAACACCCCAAAGCCCAGUCUGGCCUACAUAAGCCAGUCCUAUGCGUUCAGUUCACCGCUUUGCCCCGUGAUUGCGGUUGACCUGUGCCGUGCAAUGCUUAAGACACAGUGCCGUGCAGCAAUGCUAGUGGUGCAGCUGCUGGGGUUGGACGUGAGGCCGCUGCUGCUGCUCACGGGCUGGAGCAGUGUGGUGGCGGGACUGGCCUCACAGCAGCUGCUAAGCAAUGCGGUCAGCGGCGUGCAGAUGUACCUGGACCGACCUUUCCAGGUGGGGGACACCAUCGCAGUGCUGUCUGGCAUUACGACGUACGAGGGGGAGGUGGUCGACAUUGCGGCUCUACGCACCCAUGUUGCACUGGAGGACGGCUCCACGGUGGCCAUUCCCAACCGCUCCCUGGCCGAUAUGAUCAUCACCAACAAGAGCCGCAGCAGCAGGCGUGAGUGGGCAAGCGGUGGAGGGAUGUGGGAAAUUGGGAAAGAACCCGGGAUCGGGGCCAGGGAUGAGCUGCGCAUCCGGCUGCGUCCGCCGGAUUAUGGUGGAUCGCUAUACUCUGAGCUGGAGGACUUGCGGCGUCAGGUCAUUGACAGCAGGGCAGUGGAGGAGGACGGCCCGCUUGCGCCGCGCGUGGACGUGCUGGGCUUCUCGGACCACGGGGUGGAGCUGAUGCUGCGGUGUCGCCUGCGCAACCCCGCGAAGGUUGCGUCGUCUGCCGCCAGCGGUAGCCUUGCAGCGGCGGCCUCGUCCGCACUGCCCGUAGAGGGCCCAUCCGCCAGCGGGGGCGUUACGGUGCACGUAGGAAGCGGUACAGGCGGGGGGAGUGACGGCCCGGAGGGUUCCGUAGGUGCAUCGGCGCGUGGCGCCAGCAGCAGUAGCAGUGGUAGCGGCAGCGCGCCGGCUUUUGGUGGGCCACGGGCAGUGGGCACGGGGGAGGAUGCUAGACAGUCGCUGCGCCAACAGUUAAUGUUGGCUCUGGGCCCGUGGCUACACGCACGAAAUGGCACGUUGGUGGCCGUCUGA